AUAAAGUUUGGUAGACGAAGAAAAUAUGGUUAGAGAAGAAGCUCCAACUUCAGAAUCCCAUGGGAAGCAAGGCGGUUGGGUAACCUUCCCCUUCAUCAUAGGCUGUGUGGGUUGCUUGACGCUGGCCAGCGGGGGAUGGCUUUUCAACUUGAUGCUGUAUUUGAUCCAACAAUACAACAUCAACGCCAUAAACGCUGCUUUAAUUUUCAACGUCGUUAACGGCUGCUGCAGCGUAUUUCCUGUCGUCGGAGCUCUUAUUGCUGACUCUUUUCUUGGCUCUUUCUCUGUCAUCCUAAUUUCCUCUUGCAUCUCUCUUCUGGGCAUAAUUUCGCUAACACUAACAGCAACAAUCAACUCUUUGAGGCCCCAAGGUGAUGAUCCUUCCUCUUCAAAACUCCAAUACGCAAUCUUGUCAUUGGGCAUAAUCCUCGCAUCCAUUGGAGUCGGCGGCUCACGCUUCACGUUAGCAACACUAGGAGCAAACCAAUACGACGUCGUAAAAGAUCAAAACGUCUUCUUCAACUGGUUCUUCUUUACUCUCUACGCUGCGUUUUUUACCAGCACCACGGCCCUCGUGUAUGUUGAGGACAAUGUGAGUUGGGGCUGGGGCUUUGGCAUCAGCCUUGCAGCAAAUGUUAUCGGGCUCGCCAUUUUCUUGCUCGGAAAUCGCUUUUAUCGCCUUGAUAUGCCCCGUGGAAGCCCGUUCACGACGCUCGCUCGAGUUUUCGUCGCCACUGCUCGGAAAAGGUCGCCCCGGCUGCCGUGCCCGAUGGGUAGUGAUGGUUACUAUUAUGGUGAGGAGCCUGUGGCCGGGAAGGUGGUGGAUGGAGUGCCCACGAAGAGUUUUAGGUGUUUGAACUGUGCGGCUCUAAUAACAGAAGGAGAUGUCAAUUUGGAUGGCUCCGUUGCCAAACCAUGGAGGCUGUGCAAAGUACAAGAAGUAGAAGAUUUCAAGACUCUACUUAGAAUUUUCCCUCUCUGGUCAACCAGCAUAUUCCUUGCAGUCCCCAUAACAACCCAAGCAAGCUUAACCAUACUCCAAGCCCUAACCAUGGACCGUCACCUCGGCCCGAACUUCAAAAUCCCUGCGGGCUCCUUCCUCGUCGUUGCCUUCAUCUCCACCACCAUCUUUCUAACCCUAAUCGACCGAUUUCUAUUCCCUCUUUGGGAGAAGGUUAUCGGACGGUCGUCGAGACCCCUCCAACGAGUUGGCAUCGGCCACGUUUUGAAUGUUCUUGGGAUGGUUGUGUCAGCCGUGGUAGAAUCAAAGAGGUUGAAGAUUGCCCAUGCACACCACCUUGAAGGCCAGACUGAGGCAAUAGUGCCAAUGUUGUCCUUGUGGCUUUUCCCGCAGUUGGUUUUGGUUGGCAUUGGAGAAGCUUUUCAUUUCCCUGGACAAGUUGCAUUAUAUUAUCAGGAAUUCCCGACGUCGUUGCGCAGCACAGCAACGGCGAUGAUCUCGAUGGUGAUCUCAAUUGCAUUCUAUUUAAGCACAGCUUUGAUCGAUUUGCUUCGUAGGGUUACGAAAUGGCUGCCGAAUGAUAUCAACAAUGGGAGACUUGAUAAUGUUUAUUGGAUGAUAUCUGUAAUCGGAGUGAUUAAUUUUGGCUAUUAUUUAGUCUGUGCUAAGUGGUACAGGUAUCAAAAUGUUGAACAUGGUGGGAAGGGUGGUUCUGCACUUGAAAAGUGAGAGCUUUAAGUUUUAAAGUUAACUUCCUUAAGAAACGAACAAAAGCCUUGUGAAUCGAUAUGUAUUUUGUGCCAUAAUGCAAAUUGUUGCAUG